AUGACGGUCUACUACCAUGCAUAUACUGCCGGCUCGAAUGCCACUGUGAUCACGAUACCAAGACCCACGACCAGGCACGCAGACGCGAUGGAGUUUGGAACCGUGUUCUGCACAGACGAUCUAAUAACUGAAGGAGUUGAGGAAGACUCAACCCUGAUUGCAAGGGCACGAGGUAUAUACGUCGUAUCGUCCCAAGACGGGUCCCACGCGCACAUGCUAGUAUCAAUUGUGUUUAUCAAUGGAAAGUAUAAAGGUAGCACGUUGGAAAUACAAGGUUCUUACGAACAUUUUAAGCCAGGGACGGAGACUGCUGUUGUUGGCGGCACCGGAAUAUUCCGUCUAGCCCGCGGCUAUGCUACUUUCGAGACUCCUUACACUGAUAUAAUGCGUGGAUAUGCAUUCACCAUAUCUAAUAUGUCUAUUCUGCAUUAUUAA